AUGGGAAGAGGCAGAGUUGAGCUCAAGAGAAUAGAGAACAAAAUCAAUAGGCAGGUUACAUUCGCUAAGAGAAGAAAUGGGCUUCUCAAGAAGGCUUAUGAACUCUCUGUCCUCUGUGAUGCUGAGGUUGCCCUCAUCAUCUUCUCCAAUCGUGGCAAGCUCUAUGAGUUCAGCAGUGGCUCCAGCAUGACGAAAACUCUGGAGAAGUACCAGAAGUCCAGCUAUGGUGCACUGGAGUCCAGCCAGCCAAUGAGUGACACUCAGAGUAGCUAUCAGGAAUACCUGAGACUUAAAGCAAGGGUCGAAGUCCUACAACGUUCGCAGAGGAACCUUCUUGGGGAAGAUCUGGCCCAAAUGAACACAAAGGAGCUGGAGCAGCUUGAGAAUCAAGUCGAGGCAGCACUGAAGAAUAUCAGGUCCACAAAGACUCAGUAUAUGCUUGACCAGCUUGCUGAUCUUCAGAACCGGGAGAAAGUGCUGGAGGAAACUAAUAGAGCUCUGAGGAGUAAGUUAGAAGAAAAAAGCAACUCGCAAGUUGCUCUAAGAAUGGGUUGGGAAGGGGCGGGAGGGUCUGAAGCGAUCCAUUACCCUCGUUUUCCUGAUCAAUCUGAAGCAUUUUUCCAGCCUUUGGGAGUCAAUCCCAAUUUGCAAAUCGGAUAUAAUCAGGUUGGAGGGGAGGAUGUAAAUGUUGGAGGAGCAGCAUUGAACGUUCAUGGAUUCGUGCCCGGGUGGAUGCUUUAA